GCCAAUUUGGUUGGAGGGUCCUUCUGUAUACCAAAAGGUUGCGGGUUCCAUUCUGUCAGGGCACAUGUUGCAGGUUCAUCCAGGUUCUGGGAGCUUACUGGAAGAAACAGAUAUUCCUUCUUUCUUUUCUUUUCUUUUUUCUUCUCUUUCCUUUCCUUUCCUUUUCUUUUCUUUCUCUCUCACCAAUCUCUUCUCUCUCUCAAAUCAACUCUACUAGUAUAUAUCCUGGGCUGAGGGGGGAAAAAACCUACACUGGAGGGUUUGUUCCCAAAUGACCCAGAUCCAUAUCCAAUUAUGAUUUUGACCUGAGGAAGAGUAAACGAGAAGGGUGGGGGUUGUUGAUCUCUAGAUCAAGCUGACGGUUGUUUAUUUUGCUAUACAAAUCUAGAAGCCUCACAGCUGCUGGUUAGUGCCCUUGAAAACCUAAGCGAUUUGGCCUGACUGGGUGGGGAGAUGAGUCACAGGGAACACAAUUAAAGGACAUCUGAUCGAGGUUCAUAUUCCCGGCAGCCACGAAAACCAAAUGGAGUCAUGCUGCUGCCAGAAGGGCAAAGCAGGUGGGAAGGGAAAGGAGGAGAAGCGUGCGAUCUAGUAUCGAAGGCUGUAAGAGCGUUAGCAGAGUAAACGGACGCAGGGCCACAUUCACUGCUCCGAGCUCCACCAAAAAAAAAAAAAAAAAAGCAAACAUCCCCUAAAACUCCAAUAUAAUUGGAGAGAGGAAAUCACCAAGGCGGAAAGGGAGGAUCGAACUAGAAAACGAGGAGAAGCAGAAACGAAGCCAAGAAAAGCCAGCAUUGAAAGAAGGACAAAACUGCGGAAGGCAAAAAGAACCACAAUCGAGACCAUGUGGUUACAUUACAGCUCCGGUGAAAUCAAAACAAACCUGCGUGGCCCCGCCCAGCGCCGGUCACAUGACUUGCACGUGAGCGGCGCUUCCGGAAGAGCCGGUAGCAACCGCUGGGAUUCCUUUCUGUGCACGGGCUGCAGAGCCAGAGCCUUGGCCCCGCUGGGACCCCUCUCACUCUUUACUCCAGUUUGGGUUUCGGGCGGAGCUGGAGCCGUGCUAGCCAUGGCGGCGGGCCCGGGGGCCACCACCGCUGCGGGCGCUGCAGCUGGAACUGGAGAGGAGGAAGGUGAAUAUGUCAAACCUUUCACACCAGAGAAAGCAAAAGAAAUUAUCAUGUCUUUACAGCAACCUGCCGUUUUCUAUAAUAUGGUUUUUGAUUGGCCAGCACAACACUGGACUGCUGAGCACCUUUCCAAGGUCCUUCAUGGCAAGCAGAUACGAUUUAGGAUGGGAAUGAAAAGUACAGAUACAGUUCCUCAGUUUGAAACUUCAUGUAGUUACGUAGAAGCUACACUUGAAGAGUUUCUGACCUGGAACUGUGAUCACUCUAGUAUUUCUGGACCAUUUAUAGAUUAUGAUUAUUCCAAAUUCUGGGCUUAUGCUGACUAUAAAUAUGUUGUCAGUCUAUUUGAAGACAAGACAGAUAUUUUCCAGGAUGUGAUAUGGUCUGACUUCGGGUUUCGUGGAAGAAAUGGACGGGAAAGUACAUUGUGGAUUGGCUCCCUGGGGGCUCACACACCCUGUCAUCUGGAUUCAUAUGGUUGCAACUUGGUAUUCCAGGUACAAGGAAGAAAUAAAAUGUCCUGGACUUGUGCUAACCAUUCUUUAUUUGGUUUUCAGGUUCUGUUUGUUCCCAGACACUGGUGGCAUUAUGUAGAAUCCGUUGAUCCUGUCACUGUCAGUAUAAACUCCUGGAUUGAAUUGGAAGAGGACCACCAGGCUCGGGUAGAAGAGGCAAUCGCCCGCAUGCUUGUGUGCGCCCUGAAAACUGCGGAGGACCCACACAGUACCAGGGCUUGGUUAAACCCAACGGAGGUUGAAGAAACGUCCCAUGAAGUCAAUUGUCGCUACUUAAAUAGAGCUGUUUCUGCCUUUUUUGAUCAUUACAGGACAUCUGAGACCGUAGAAAUCCAAACACUCAGAACAAAGGCAGAGCACAUGAAAAAGGAAGAAUUCAACAUGCACAACCUCAUGGAGGUAGAACAAACAGGCAGCCAGAACUUAACCUUGGGAACAGUAGGAGAGCAGGCAGCAUGUCCCUUUGGCCCUGAUCUGGUUCCCGUACUACCGAGUUCAGAAGAUCCACCCUCAGAAACAGGAGGCAUGUUUAACAAUGAUGGUAAAGACUUUGUUGGCAAACCUGGAGAGCACUUUGACAAAUUGCACUGUACCAAGAAGCAACGAAUGAUGAGUGGACAUGAGAAUAAAAUUGUGGAACAGAUUUCUUCAAAUAGUACUAUGGCCCCUUCCCAAACAUUCAUUUCUACAGAUGACUUACUGGACUGCUUGGUGAAUCCACAAGUAACCAAGAUAGUGGCGCAACUUUUGAUACAAGGAAGAAGUUUGUGAUUGUAAUAGAAAAUGACUUUUUAAAUAUUUCAAACAUUUUUAAAAUAGUGUGAUUUUUAAAUAAAAGAUGAAACAAUGAAAAGCAGUUUUCACAGGCUUGUAUAUGUACUUGUUUUUGCCUAGUUAAAUUUCAGCUGCUUACCACCUUCUUGCAUGUACAUUGCUCUUUACCCAAACUGGCUCUUUGUUAUUUGUGAGGCCUU